AUGGGCGAUCCGCUCAGUAUAGCGUCCGGAUUAAUCGCCGUUGUCACCGCCACACUGCAAUCAAGCAAAAUACUCUAUGAGACCAUCCAAAGCUUCCGAAAUCACCAAACUGCAGUAUUAGAUCUUGUCCGCGAGCUCGAAGGCCUUGGAUCAGUUCUCACUUCGCUGCAAGAUCAUGUCCGUUCCGAUGAGACCGCGUUCUUACCGCUCAAAGAUCCCCUCUUUCAGUGUCGACAGGCAUGUCUAGAUUUCCAAAUCCUGAUCGAGCAGAACAGCAGGCGCACUCGAGCAGAGGCAAGAACAAGCUGGAGAGACUGGGCUAAGUUGAUUUACAUGAAUGGCGAUAUUACUUCUUUCAAAGAACUCUUGGCCGGUUAUAAAGGGACGAUAACUAUAGCGCUAGUUGACGCCAACUUGUUAGUUGCUCACCCCAAGAGAAGGGUUUUCGCUAACUUGCCUCUGGGCGCUCCUCCAAAGUCACCCUUCAAGUUCUGA